CCGGGUUGGUUUGCCGUUUCUGAUGUCAGUUAUGUGUACAUUUUCCUAAUGCAGAUCUAAAGAGAACAGUACCCAAGUAAGAGGUAAAUCAAGAUGACAGCCAUUAAGCACACUCUACAUCGUGAUGUCUUUCUGCCUCAUGAUGAACGUCUCAUCGGGUUUGUCCAUGUCACCAAAGUUGGGAGGAAGAAGAAAACAAGUUUUUUAUGUGCUGCAUUAAAUAAUGAUCAUGAGAGCCCAAUCCAGGCUAGGGUAUAUCAAGUGAAGAAAGCAGACAAGGGAGAGUCCUACAAGAAAAAAACUACUUGGUUGCUACGGGAACUAAAGGUCGUUGAUGGCAAAAGUUCAAACAAGGAAACUGCUGAGUUUGACCUCCAUUUUGAGAAAAUCUACAAAUGGGUAGCGAGUAGUGUGUCUGACAAAGAGGCUUUCAUUUCUUGUCUGUGGAAGCUGAGUCAGAGGUGUCUUAUACAAAAACCGGAUUUCAUUAAUGUCCCUAAACAGUUACUGGAGGAGGUAAGCCAGCCUUCAGGUGCAGGCCACACUCCCCAGACUGGGGACGACAUGGCUGUUCUGGAGGAAGACUACCAGGCCCUGACAGGGAAGGAGGAGUCCGACCUCGCUCUCCUCAUGUCCGAGUCACAGGCCGCUAUAAGUAAUGCGGAGUCCUUUGCUGAGCAACUCUCAAAGCAACUGUCCGUGUUGGAUGGGGCCAACAUCCAUUCUAUCAUGGGAUCUGAAGACCAAGUCCUGAACCUGAUGAGGUUACUAGAUGAUGGUAUUAAUCAGGCAGAGAAAAUUGAGGAACGCUUGGACUCUUAUGACAAAAUACUACAGAAUGUAAAAGACCAGAUGGAGAUGAUGAGAGACAAAGACUCGCUAAUCAACACUCGUAAUAAGAACCAUCAACAUUUGCUGGAGGAACUGGACAGCCUUGUGGUCAGACUGCGUCGUGGUUCGGCACGUGGGUGUUCUCACUUCUACGGAGAGCAGGACCCCCAUGAUGCCUGUCCCUUAUGCCGGCCUUGCAGCGAGGCCUCGCAGUGCGAACUUUGUUUGCACGCCGGGUCCGCUGUAAAGGUUCCCCUACCCAGUCGGCGAACUUCUCGCCGGAAGAGGGAUUCGUCCUCAUCUUCCGGUAAGAGAG